AUGGCAUCAUCUCACCUCGUCAACGCGCAGCCCAUUCCGGCAGACUCCAUCUACGGUAUUGCAGCUCGGGCCAAGGCCGACCCUGCACCAGUGGCCAACCUGGUCAUCGGUGCCUACCGCGACGAGAACGGCAAGCCGUGGAUCCUGCCGUCAGUGGCAGCGGCCAAGGCAGCAGCUGCUGCCGACGACACGGUCAUCCACGAGUAUCUUCCCAUUCGCGGUGACACUGCUUUUACUGCUGCUGCUGCUCGCUUCAUCUUUGGCGCAGACUCGCCCGUCGUCGACAGUCUUGUCUCCGUCCAGACGCUCUCGGGCACCGGCGCCCUGCGCGUCCUCGCCGAGCUGUUCAAGAUCCUCGCCCCCGCCGCCCCGAUCUACCUCCCCGACCCGACGUGGGGCAACCAUGUCAAGGUGCUGUCGCGGACGAACCCGGACGCAGACAUCCGCACCUAUCGCUACUUUGAUGCCGCCACCCGCGGCCUCGACGCCGACGGCAUGCUCGCAGACCUCCGCGCCGCCCGGAAGGCGCCAUCGUUCUCCUCCACAUGUGCGCCCACAACCCGUCGGUGGGAGGCCAUUCGCGACGUCUGCCUCGAGCGCGGCCUCUUCCCCUGGUUCGACGCCGCCUACCAGGGCUUUGCCUCGGGCGAUCCCGACGCAGACGCCGCCUCGCUCCGCCUCUUUGCCGCCGCCGGCAUCGACCUCGUCGUCGCUCAGAGCUUUGCAAAGUCUGCCGGCCUCUAUGGCGAGCGCGUCGGUGCUGCUCACGUCCUCACCCACGCUGCAGACGCCCGCCCGGCGCUCAUGACUCAGCUCGAGGGCAUCAUCCGCCCCAUGUACUCGUCGCCGCCGCGCUACUUUGCCAGCGUUGUCACCCGCCUCCUCACCACUCCCGAGAUCACCACCCAGUGGCUUGCCGACCUCAAGACCAUGUCUGCCCGCGUCGUCGCCAUGCGCCACGCCCUCCACGACGCCCUCGUCGCCGCCGGCACGCCCGGCGAUUGGUCGCAUAUCGUCAACCAGAUUGGCAUGUUCUCCUACACCGGCCUCACCCGCGACCAGGCCGAGUCACUCAUGGCUGAUCACCACGUCUACCUCCUCCACUCGGGCCGCAUCUCCAUGUCCGGCCUCAACGCGUCCAACGUCAACGCCGUCGCUGCCGCCAUCCACGCCGUCGUCACCGCCACGCCCUCCUCCAACCUCUGA